CUUGUCCACCAGGAACAUACAAGCCUGAAGGUUCACCAGGUGGAAUCAGCACUUGCAUCUCAUGUCCUGAUGAGAAUCAUACUUCUCCACCAGGAAGUACCUCCAUUGAAGAUUGUACAUGCCGGGAAGGAUAUCGUGCUGUAGGACAAGUCUGUGAAGUUGUUCACUGCCCUGAACUGAAACCCCCUGAAAAUGGUUACUUUGUCCAGAAUGUCUGCAACAAUUACUUUAAUGCUGCCUGUGGGAUCAGAUGCAAAGCAGGAUUUGAUCUAGUAGGAAGCAGUAUCCGGCUUUGCCAGCCAAAUGGCCAAUGGUCUGGAUCAGAGGCUACUUGCAGAGUUCGAACAUGUCCCAAACUUCAAGCUCCUGAAAACGGACACAUCAAUUGUUCAACAGCUGAUAUCUCCUAUAAGACAGUAUGUUUUGUGACCUGCAAUGAGGGCUAUGAAAUAGAAGGAAAUACCAAGCUCACCUGCCAGGGAACCUCACAGUGGGAUUCCAAGGAGCCAAAGUGUGUGGAAAUGCGUUGCCCAAUCCUCCAGAAACCAGCAGGUGUUACAGUUCUCCCUCUCAACUGUGGGCUGGAGCCUGCUGUUUCUGGGACCAUGUGCCAGCUCAGCUGUCCCCAGGGAUUCGUAUUGGUUGGAACUACAGAAGAACUAAGGUGCCUUUCACUUGGGAGAUGGAGUGCAGACAUCCAGGAGGCUCUGUGUAAAGAUAUUGAAGCUCCUCGGAUCCACUGUCCAGAAAAUAUUGAGACUGAGACUCUGGAACAUCAUAACUCUGCUAAUAUCAGCUGGCAGGUGCCAACAGCUGAGGAUAACUCUGGAGAUGAGGUCUCAGUUCACGUUACCCCAGCUUUCAUACCACCAUUUCUUCUCCCAAUUGGUGAAGUUGCCAUUACUUACACAGCAGCUGAUAAGUCAGGCAAUGAGGCAAGCUGUACGUUCAGUGUCAAGGUUAUUGAUACAGAAGCUCCUGUAAUUGACAGAUGCAGAUCUCCACCACCCAUACAAGCAGCAGGGAAUGAGACCCCAGUGAUGUGGGAGGAACCACAAUUUUCAGAUAAUUCAGGUGCUCCACUGACUGUCACCAGCAGUCAUGCAUCUGGAGAUCUCUUUCCCAAAGGAGACACAACAGUUCAAUACUUAGCCAUAGAUCCCUCUGGCAAUAACAGGACAUGUGAGAUCCACGUUGUCAUUAAAGGUUCCCCCUGUGAGAUAUCCUUUGAGCCUGUGAAUGGUGAUUUUACAUGCAAAUCAGAUGAAGUGGGACUUAAUUGCACAUUGCAGUGUGCAGAAGGGUACAGCUUUUCAGAAGGAUCAAGUGAAAACUACUAUUGUGCAUAUGAGGAUGGUGUCUGGAAGCCGCCUUAUUCUCCAGAGCAGCCUAGCUGCUCUUUAAAUCGUUUUGCAAACCAUGGGUUCAAAUCCUUUGAGAUGCUCUACAAAGCAACACGAUGUGAUGACAACAAUCUUCUAAAUAGCUUUACUGAUGCAUUCCAGAGUGCGCUUGGUAAAAUGGUCCCAUCAUUCUGUAAUGAUGUUGAUGAUAUUGACUGCAGAUUGGAAGAUCAGACACAGAAACAUUGCUUGGAAUAUAAUUACGAUUAUGAAAAUGGAUUUGCCAUUGGACCUGCUGGCUGGGGUGCAAGGAACCAGCUGGAUUAUUCCUAUGAUGAUUUUGUUGAUGUAGCACAAGAAGAUGACUUAUCCAAGCAUCUCUCUGCCUCUGUAAAGGCUGCACCUGCUCGAGUCAAAAGGCAUAAGAUGAAUGUUCCAAUGACUGACCACAAAAUAAAGUUAAUAUUUAACAUCACAGCUAGCGUGCCACUGCCUGAUGAGAGGAAUGAUACAUUGGAACUGGAAAACCAGCGACGGCUCCUUAAAACUCUGGAGAUGAUCACAAACAGGCUGAAUAGGACUCUCAAUAAGGACCCCAUGUAUUCUUUUCAGUUUGCAUCUGAACUCAUUGUAGCUGAUGGCAACUCACUGGAGACUGAAAAGGCCUUUCUUUUCUGCAGGCCUGGUUCUGUGCUGAGGGGAAGAAUGUGUGUCAACUGCCCUGUGGGAACCUAUUACUCCCUGGAGCAUCAUACCUGUGAAAGCUGCUGGACUGGAUCCUACCAAGAUGAAGAAGGGCAGCUGGAAUGCAAAAGCUGUCCAUCUGGUAGCUAUACAGAGUAUCUACACUCUAGGAGCAUCUCUGAAUGCAAAGCUCAGUGCAAGCAAGGAACGUAUUCACGAAAUGGUCUUGAGACCUGUGAAACCUGUCCACUUGGCACAUACCAGCCAACAUUUGGAUCCAGGAAUUGCAUCUCUUGCCCAGAAAAUACAUCAACUGUAAAAAGAGGUGCAGUGGAUGUCUCAGCUUGUGGAGUACCAUGUCUCGCAGGCGAGUUCUCUCGUACAGGUUUGACACCUUGCUACCCUUGUCCCAGAGACUACUAUCAGCCAGACCCAGGGAAGUCCUACUGCUUGUCUUGUCCCUUUUAUGGAACGACAACUGUCAUUGGUGCCAGAUCCAUCACAGAUUGUUCAAGUUUUGGCUCUACAUUUUCAGCAGCUGAGGAAAGCAUAGUUAUGGUACCAGCUUCUCCAGAAAAUAUCCGCAAGCAGUACAAAGUCAGCAGUCAGGUCUUUCAUGAGUGUUUCCUGGAACCAUGCCACAACAAUGGGACAUGCAAACAAUUGGGAAGUGGAUAUAUUUGCUUAUGCCCACCUGGAUAUACAGGCUUGAAAUGUGAAACAGAGGUUUAUGAGUGUAAAUCAUCUCCUUGUCAGAACAAUGGAAUGUGUAAAGAUGGCAUUGGGACCUUUGAUUGCCAUUGUCAACCCGGCUAUUCAGGUCUCUUGUGUGAGGAAGACAUAAAUGAAUGCAGCUCCAGUCCAUGUUUGAAUGGAGCACACUGUGUUGAUGGCAAGAAUGGUUACCACUGCACUUGUGCAAAAGGAUUCACAGGUGCUCACUGUGAAAUGGAGAUCAAUGAAUGCCUUUCGAACCCAUGUCUUAAUAGGGCUAUUUGUGAAGACAGAGUUGGUGGUUUCUCCUGCAAGUGCCUCCCAGGUUUUACUGGUUUCUUCUGUGAAAAAAACAUUGAUGAGUGUCUCAGCAGGCCCUGUAGGAAUGGAGCUACGUGCAGAGAUGGUAUCAACAGCUUCAGGUGUCUGUGUGUGACAGGGUACACAGGACUUAACUGUGAAGUGAACAUCAAUGACUGUGACUCCAGUCCCUGCUUAAACCAAGCUACCUGUGUGGAUGCCUUGAACUCGUACGUUUGUAAAUGUCCCCCUGGCUUUACAGGCAGCAGGUGUGAAACAGAACAGUCCUCUGGUUUCAAUCUUGAUUUUGAAGUCUCUGGUAUCUAUGGAUACGUCAUGCUUGAUGGUGUCUUCCCAUCUCUUGGUGACAUCACCUGUGCAUUCUGGAUGAAAUCCACUGACACCACAAACUAUGGGACUCCCAUAUCUUACGCAGUGGAGAAUGGAAGUGAUAAUGCAUUUCUUCUGACUGAUUACAAUGGCUGGGUUCUUUAUGUAAAUGGAAAAGAGAGGAUCACAGACUGCCCUUCAGUGAAUGAUGGUAACUGGCAUCACAUUGCAGUCACAUGGACAUGCACAGAUGGGGCAUGGAAAGUGUACAUCGAUGGAAAACUGUCUGAUGGAGGCAGUGGGCUCUCCGUUGGCUCAAAAAUCCCUGGUGGUGGUGCACUUGCACUGGGUCAAGAGCAAGAUCAAAAAGGAGAAGGAUUCAACCCAGCUGAAUCUUUCGUGGGCUCGAUUAGCCAGCUUAACAUUUGGGACCAUGUUCUGUCUCCACAGCAGGUAAAAUCUCUGGCUACAUCCUGUCCAGAAGAGCUCCAAAAAGGAAAUGUACUAGCCUGGCCAGAUUUCCUGCCAGGAGUUGUUGGAAGAGUGAAGAUAGAUUACAAGAGUAUAUUUUGUGCUGACUGUCCAUCUUUGCAAGGAUCUAUACCCCAUCUACGAGCUUCUUCUGCUGAUGUAAAGCCAGGGUCAAAAGUGAGCCUGUCCUGUGAUCCAGGCUUCCAGAUAGUGGGAAACUCUGUUCAACACUGCCUUAACCUUGGACAGUGGACACGGCCUUUUCCCCGCUGUGAAAGAAUCAGCUGCGGAGUGCCUCCACCUUUAGAAAAUGGAUUUUAUUCAGCUGAGGACUUUUUUGCUGGCAGUAUUGUUACCUAUCACUGCAACAAUGGCUACUAUUUGUUGGGUGACUCCAGGAUGUUGUGCCUAGACAAUGGGAGCUGGAACAGCAUUUCACCAUCUUGCCUUGAUGUUGAUGAAUGCGCUGUUGGAUCAGACUGCGAUGGGCAUGCCUCUUGUCUCAACACAAAUGGAUCCUAUGUUUGUACUUGCAUCCCUCCUUAUACAGGAGAUGGUAAAAAAUGUGCAGAACCAGUGAAGUGCCGUAACCCAGGAAAUCCAGAGCAUGGCCGCUUACAUGGGAACACUUACAGUGUUGGCAGUGAAGUAACAUUCUCCUGUGAAGAAGGUUUUCAACUGACAGGAGUGACUAAACUUAAAUGCAUGGAGUCCGGGGAGUGGAAUCACCCAAUACCAUAUUGUGAAGCUGUAUCCUGUGGUGGUCCAGUUAUUCCAGAGAACAGUGCCAUUUUGGGUUCAAAUUUUACAUACCGCAGUAAAGUGAUGUACAGAUGCAAUGAUGGAUACAAAUUAGUGGGUGUAAAGGAAAUUGUGUGCCUUGCUAGUGGAGUUUGGAAUCAUCCUCCCCCCUCGUGUGAAAUGGUGACUUGUCCUACCCCACAGGAUAUCAGCAAUGGAAGAUACACACUCACUGGCACAACCUACCUUUCCUCUGUGUCGUAUGCCUGUGACAAUGGAUACAGUCUUCAGGGACCUUCCGUACUAGUCUGCGCAUCUUCAGGGAACUGGAACGGCACGCCUCCAGCUUGCAGCAUUGUCUCUUGUGGAUCCCCUCCUACCAUCAAAGAUGCAGUCAUAAAUGGAAAUAACUUUACUUUUGGAAACACAGUCUCUUACAAGUGUAAAGAAGGCUACACAUUAGUUGGCCCUGCAGCCAUAGAGUGCUUAGCCAGCGGCGAGUGGAGUGUGAGCCACCAGCAGUGCCUGGCAGUAUCCUGUGAUGAACCACCCCAUGUGGAAAAUGCAUCACCAGAGAGUGGCCACCGCCUCUUUGGCGAUAUAGCUUAUUACUUCUGCUUGGAUGGCUACAGCCUGGCUGAUAACUCUCAGCUGCUUUGCAAUGCAGAAGGGAAGUGGGUGCCACCAGAGGGCAGGGAAAUGCCCCACUGCAUAGCUGAUUUCUGUGAAAAUCCAUCCACCGUCUCGUACAGCAUCCUGGAGUCCAUUAGUAAAGCCAGGUUUGCAGCUGGGUCUGUCGUGAGCUUCAAGUGCAUGGAAGGCUUUGUUCUGAACACUUCAGCCAAGAUCGAAUGCCUUCGAGGAGGGCAGUGGAAUCCUUCUCCUUUGAGCAUCCAGUGCAUCCCUGUUCGCUGUGGAGAGCCUCCCCACAUUAGCAAUGGCUAUGCCAGUGGGGCCAACUACAGCUUCGGAGCAGUGGUGGCUUACAGCUGCAACAAGGGGUUCUACAUCAAGGGAGAGAAGAAGCGGACCUGUGAGGCCACUGGUAACUGGAGUGGCAGUUUGCCCACAUGCCACCCAGUGUCCUGUGGUGAACCACCGCAGCUUGAGAAUGGCUUUUUUAAGGAAACUGGACACUUCUUUGAGGACCAGGCAAAUUAUCAGUGUGACUCUGGCUACCAGCUGGUUGGGAGUUCAGUGUUCAUCUGCCAAGCCAAUCGGCAGUGGUACAGUGAAUCACCUCCUUACUGUGCUCCUCUCAGCUGUGGAAAACCACCACCCAUCCAGCAUGGCUACUCCAAGGGAGAAGCUUUUGAUAUGGGCUCCAGAGUUGAGUUUUUCUGUGAUGAAGGCUAUGAGCUGACUGGAGAUGUUUCUUGGACAUGUCAGAAGUCUGGGAAGUGGAACAAAAAGCAAAGCCCAAAGUGUGUGCCAACCAAAUGUACAGAACCGCCCUUGGCAGAAAACCAGCUGGUCUUGAGGGAAGUGACUUACCAAGUUGGUGUGGUACAGUUCUCCUGCAAGGAGGGUUUCGUUUUGCAUGGCUCCUCUGUACUAAAAUGCUUGCCCUCUCAACAGUGGAAUGAUUCGUUUCCCUUCUGCAAAGUUGUACAGUGUCCUGCACCUCCAUACAUCCCCUUUGGUGAUCCCUUGGCUUCAUCCCUUCACUUUGGUAGCACUGUGAAAUACAUCUGUGUGGAUGGGUUUUUGCUGAAGGGUGAGUCUACCAUCAGAUGCCAAGCUGAUGGCUCAUGGAGCUUGCCUUUGCCAGAAUGUAUUCCUGUGGAGUGCCCCCAACCAGAAGAAAUUCAGAAUGGCAUUGUUGAUGUGCAGGGCCUCACCUUCCUUAGCACAGCCCUCUAUACAUGCAAACCAGGCUUCGAAUUGGUGGGGAACACAACUAUCCUCUGUGGAGAAGAUGGCCAGUGGCUUGGAGGAAGGCCAGCUUGCAAACCUAUUCAAUGCCAAAGGCCAAAGAAGAUCCUCAAUGGCAAAUACUCAUUCACGAACUUCCAUUAUGGUCAGACUGUUAGGUAUUCCUGUGACAGAGGCUUUGAGCUCCAAGGGGAGGAAACACUGAGAUGCUUAGAGACAGGGGAGUGGAGUACAGAGGUUCCUUCCUGCAAAGCCAUAAAUUGCCAGCCUCCUCAGCCCAUCGAGAAUGGCUUUGUGGAGGGUGCAGAUUAUAGCUAUGGGGCCAUGGUCAUUUACAGCUGUGUGCCAGGCUUCCAGCUGUCUGGUCUUGCCAUGCAGACCUGUGAAGAAUCGGGCUGGUCUAGCUCCACACCAGCCUGCCUCCCAACAGAUUGUGGUCUGCCUCCUCACAUUGAUUUUGGAGAGUACCUGCAAGUGAGACGUGGGGAAAGACGUUCUGAUCAGGAAAGUGUUACAGAGCGUCCCCCCCUUUCACAUACUUUACUGGCUGAUAGUUUGAAAGACUUCAAAAGUUCCUUGAAGGAGGACAGUGCAGUGCAGCUCACAACCUUCUUAUUUGGAACUAUCAUUUUAUACAGGUGUUAUUCAGGCUAUGAGCUGGUGGGAAACCCUGUUUUAGCUUGCCAAGAAGAUGGGGUGUGGAAUGGCACUGCCCCUGCCUGUGUUUCAAUAGAGUGCACCUUGCUGUCUCCCCCCAAGAACGGUUUUUUACAUUUCACUGAGAACACAUUGGGUAGCAUAGUGCAGUACACCUGCAAGCCAGGGUUCACACUUGUUGGCUCUGACACACGACUGUGUUUGCCAAGUCGGCAGUGGAGUAACACAGCUCCAUACUGCGUAGCAGUAACGUGUAACUCACCUCCCCGGCUUAUGAAUGGAAGUAUAAGAGGGGAAAACUACACGUAUGGGAGUGUUGUCUACUACGAGUGUGAUCCUGGAUACCAGUUAAAUGGCCCCACAGAGAGAAGAUGCCAAGAGAACCAGAAAUGGGAUGGCAGUGAACCAAUUUGCAUUCCUGUUUCCUGCAACCCACCACCAGUUUUGGAGAACGGUCAAGUGACUGGAGAGGAGUACACAUUCCAGAGACAUACAGAGUACAGCUGCAAGGAGGGUUUCCUGUUAGAUGGGGACAGGACUAGAGUGUGCCUUGCAAACGGAAGCUGGAGUGGAAUUGCUCCAGUUUGCAAAGCUGUGACCUGCCCUCUGCCACUGCCUCUUCCAAAUGGGAGAAUUAGUGGCUCAGACUUUGGCUUUAAGAAAGAAGUGCACUAUCACUGCAACAAAGGAUAUAGCCUGCAAGGAGUGUCUACGCUUACCUGUCAGAGUGAUGGUACCUGGAAUUCAGAAGCUCCACACUGUGAGCCAGUCAUUUGUGGACCUCCUGAAGACAUUUCCCAUGGCUUUCUCAAUGGCUCAGGCUUUGCCUAUGGGGAAUUUGCUCAGUAUGUAUGCUUCCCUGGUUAUGAGCUGCAUGGCAAUCCUUUACGGCAAUGUUUGUCCAAUGGCUCCUGGAGUGGAAGGCUUCCAGCCUGCCUACCCUGUCUGUGUCCUACACCACAGAUUCAGAACGGGGUGGUUCAUGGUACAAAUUUCAACUGUGGGCAAAGUGUCCAGUUUGAAUGCCUGGAGGGCUUCAAACUGCUAGGGCCUUCUGAAAUCACCUGUGUGGCAGCAGGCAAGUGGAGUUCUGGGUUUCCUCGCUGUGGGCAGAUUUCCUGCGGCUCUCCGCCCAUCAUCUCCAAUGCAUUUAUCAACGGGAGCAGCUCUGCAGAUGAGAACACCAUUAUCUAUACCUGCUUGACAGGUUUUGUCAUGCAGGGAAGUCCAGAACUGACUUGUGUGGAGACUGGAGUCUGGAAGAAGCCAUAUCCUAACUGUGAGCUGUUAAGCUGUGGCCCACCACCUUCUGUCCCAAAUGCAGAGGUUCUUGGGAACGCUUACACCUAUGGGAGCAAGGUCCAGUACAGAUGCCUGGAAGGCUACUCAAUGGUGACAGAGAUGGAUGUAUGCAUUUGCCAGGAAGAUGGACAGUGGUCUCCUCAAAGUAUUUCCUGUUGCCCCGAAAAGUGUCCCCUUCCAGGAAAUAUCACCCGUGUAAUCAUCCCUGGGGACAACUUCACUGUGAACACAAGCAUCACUUUGUCAUGCAUAGAAGGCUAUACUCUGGAGGGAGCAAGCACAUCUACAUGCAAGGAAAGUGGCAUUUGGGUGCCACCGUUUUCUGAUGACAUCUGCAUUCCUGUGUCCUGUGGGACCCCAGAGACUCCAGAGCAUGGAUUUGUGGUUGGCAGUAAAUACAAUUACAAUGAUGUGGUUCUUUAUAAAUGUGAUUCUGGCUAUGAUUUACAAGGUGAUGCAGAGCGGACUUGCCAAGAAGACAAGUUUUGGAGCGGCACGGUGCCAGCAUGCAGAAAGACCAGAUGCAAAGUUCCAGUUCCCUUGCUGAAUGGGAAGGCAAUUUAUGAAAACAAUACAGUUGGCAGUACAAUAGCAUACUUCUGUGAGGGGGGAUACAGCUUGGAAGGGGAACCAGAGGCAGAGUGCACAAGAGAUGGAAGAUGGAGUAAUCCCUUGCCUCUCUGUAAACCAAACCCAUGUCCUGUGCCUUUCAUAAUCCCAGAGAACGCCCUUCUGUCUGAAGUGGAUUUUUAUGUUGGUCAGAACAUAUCCAUCAGGUGCAGGGAAGGGUACCAGCUGAAAGGGCAGUCUGUGAUCACCUGUAACGCUGAUGAGACCUGGACUCCAGCAACAGCUAAGUGUGAAAAGAUAUCUUGUGGGCCCCCAGCUCACACAGAGAAUGCUCUGAUUCGUGGCAGCUUCUAUCAGUAUGGAGACAUGGUCACUUAUUCAUGCUACAGUGGGUAUAUGCUGGAGGGGCCCCUGAGGAGCGUUUGCUUAGAAAAUGGAACCUGGACAACACCACCUACCUGCAAAGCUGUCUGUCGGUUCCCAUGUCAGAAUGGUGGCAUCUGUGAGAGACCAAAUGCCUGCUCAUGUCCAGAUGGCUGGAUGGGUCGCCUCUGUGAAGAGCCAAUAUGCAUUCUGCCAUGCCUCAAUGGGGGUCGCUGUGUGGCCCCUUACCAGUGUGACUGCCCCCCAGGAUGGACUGGAUCACGCUGCCAUACAGCUGUGUGCCAGAUGCCUUGCUUAAAUGGUGGGAAGUGCAUACGACCAAAUCGGUGCUACUGUCCCCCAUCAUGGACUGGACAUGACUGCUCUAGGAAACGGAAGGCUGGAUUCUACCCCUUUUAAAGUCAAAGCAGCAGUUCUACAUUCAGAUAUCUUUCUUCAGCCUAGUCUCCAGGUCUUGGAAUCUAAUGCAUUGUAAAUCAAAUCCAUUGCUUCCCUCCCUCCCCCAGCUUCCUUGUUUUGUAUUUUAUUUUGUGAUACAAUUUUACUAUACCUUUCAAUUUUUAAAGAAAUCCUCUGUAUUUUC